AUGAAAAUUGCUACUCGUGUAGCAAAAACAAGACAUAAAUCAAAGAUGAAGAGAUCAGAAGAAGGUCAUUGGGAGAAGAAUUUCCCCGAGAUUUUAUUUCACCAGCCACAAGCUCGUGAUAAAUGGGAAAAAAUCUUUCAUUCCUUCAAUUAUUCAACAAAAGUUGUUUUUAUUGAAAAGCUUUAUUCAAAUCGUCACGUGGUUAUCAUCGAUAAAAGAAGAAGUUUCUUCGAUGAUCUCGAAACUGAAGGGUGUGAAUAA